AUGUCAACAACAGCACAAUCAAUCAAGAAGCUCGACACGUUCGUGGGAAGCGAAAUCAAGAUCGAUAAGGAAUUCGUCACUGGAGAGGUUGCCCCCAAUAUUUUUGCCGGAUUCUUGGAACAUCUCGGCAGAUGUAUCUACGGUGGAAUUGUCGACUACGGUAACACCAAAUUGACCAAUGAUAAAGGUUUUAGGACAGACGUGGCCGAGGCUAUCAAGGAGUUGGAUAUGCCAGUCAUGAGAUGGCCGGGUGGAAACUUUGUGUCAUCUUACCAUUGGCUGGAUGGUGUUGGACCUGUUGACCAGAGACCAAAGAGACCUGAGCUUGCUUGGCUCAACACUGAGUCCAACGAGUUUGGAACCGAUGAGUUCAUGCAAUGGUGCGAAUACAUGGGUACCGAGCCUUACCUAUGUCUUAACAUGGGUACUGGUACCCUGGACGAGGCAUUGGCCUGGGUCGAAUACUGUAACGGAGACAAGGACACAUAUUAUGCCAAUCUUCGUAGAAAGAACGGAAGAGAAAAGCCAUACAAUGUCAAGUACUGGGGUGUCGGUAACGAGGUGUGGGGUCCAUGGCAGGUUGGCCAAAUGACCAAGGAGAACUACGCCUUGAAGGCCGCCCAAUGGGCCAAAGCAAUUAAGCUCCUUGAUCCUACCGUCAAGCUUGUUGCUUGUGGCUGUAAUGGUGUUGAUGAGUGGGACCAGCACGUUGUUGGAGAGACUUUUACCACCCAUGACUUCUACUCCAUCCACCUGUACACCACCUCUCAAGACCAUUACAAGAACGUGUUCCAGCCAGCCGGUGCCGAGACCGCUAUUCAGGUCACCUCCAAGCUUGCUGAGCUAGCCAAGAUCACCAACAUGACCAACAAGAAGUUUUUGGUUCCUCUGACCGAGGAACAGAAGAAGAAGGAAUACAAAAUCGUGUUUGACGAGUGGAAUGUCUGGGAUCCAAUUAGAGCAGACGGUGAGCACGGUGCCGAGCAACAGUACGACUUUUCUGAUGGUCUUGCUGUUGCCUCAUGGCUCAAUGUGUUCAUCAGACAGGCCAAAUACCUCGAGAUGACCAACAUUGCUCAGUGUGUCAAUGUCAUUGCCCCAAUCAUGACCAAUAAGGACGGCCUUUUCAAGCAGACCACAUAUUACCCUUUCCAGCUGUUCUCGAAGUAUUUCAAGAACGGACAGUCCUUAAAUCUCAGCGUCAAAUCUCCUAUCUACAAGGGAGAUGUUGGUGAUUUUAUCGGUCUCGAAUGGGUCAAAUACGUGGACACCAGUCUGGCUCUUUUGGAUGUUAGUGCUGUCUAUCAGCCAGCCGAAAAGGCCUACUACGUUGCUGUUGUUAACAGAUCCGAGGACGAGGAUGCUGAGACCAAGAUUUCCAUCGCGGAUGCUGCUGACUCUCUGAAUGUCACCGAAUGGGCUUACUAUCACGAGAACAUCAGAGCAAUCAACACCUUUGAGAAACCUAACGAGGUUGUUCCUAAGGAGUCCAAGGUCACUAUCUCCAACAAUUCCACUUACAAGUUCCCAAAGCACUCUUUCACCUUGCUGAAGAUCCAAGAGUAA